UAAAGCCCCGCCCCCCAACCAGGAACAAACGAGUUGAACGAGAUUUCAUUGUAGCUGCCAGUGUGUCAACUGUCGCCCCGGAAAACCCAAAAUGAUCCGACGUCUGGGGAUUAAUCCUGCAGCUUUGGCUUACGCCAUGACCACCCUCGGGUCAGGCAUGAUUAAUAAUAUUUUCAGCUUCUACUAUGUCAAACUCUUCCUAAACAAGUACCAAAUAUCUGAAGGAGCAUUCCACCAAUCACAAGUGGUGUACAUGGUGUGGAAUGCAGUCAAUGACCCCCUAUUUGGUUACCUUCAAGACACCUCCAAAGUGCCCUGCUGCUCUCAGCGCCGCCUCUCCAUCCUCUAUGGUGCUCCUCUCUACUCACUGGCUUUUCUUCUGGCUUGGUUCCCAUGGCGAUUCUACACACCUGGGGACUGGCUGAGUGGGUUACACUUGACGGUGGCCCUCUGCGCUUUUGAUGGGAUGCUGACUUUUGUGCUGCUGGCUCAGUGUGCCUUGUUUGCAGAGAUCUCCAAUCAUCACCAAAACCGAUUAAGACUUAUAAAAUACAGCCAAGUUGCUUCUCUGGUUGGCUCCUCCAGCAUACUCUUCUGUGGAGUGCUCUCCAAAAACAUGGAGGACUUCCCAGCUUUUCAGGCAUUCUCAGUUCUGACUGCUGUCCUGAGCUGCGGCUGCAUGCUCUACACAGGCUUCCACAGCGAGAGCCGCUUUGAUAAUAAAGCACCUGAAGCAGAUACUCCGAGGUCUGUCGAUUGUGCCUCCAGUCAAGCUGCGGGUUCCGUCUCCAUGAUGUGGAAGCUGACAUGGCAGAUUCUGACUAACAGAGACUUUCAGCUGUUCGUGCUCAUGAACUUCUUCCAGGUGUUCAUGUUGGCUUUCUUUAAUAAUUUUACUUUGAUAUUAACGGAGCAUCUGAUACCUCCAGACGUUCUUUCGUCAUUGGCUAAGAGUGUCAUGUAUGGAGCAGGAUUCAUCUGCCCGCAGUUAUUAGUGUUGGUCAGUCAAGGUCUGCUGCAAGAUCUUGGAUACUACAAAGUCAUCCUCUUCACUUUCUAUGUGGAAGUCGGAAUGGCGAUUCUCAUGCUAACUCUUGGUCCUCAUCAUUACUAUGUUCUGGCCAUUUUUCUCACCACUAACAUGGUUUUAGUCCAAGCCGCCUUCUGUCUUUUCAACCUGCCCCUGGCUGACAUCAUUGACACUGACAUGCAGAAGCACAAGCGGAGCUCUCCUUUGUCCUCCAUGGUGUUUGGAACGAAUGCGCUGUUCACUAAGCCGGCUCAGUCUCUGGCGCCGAUGAUAGUUCUUAACAUUCUAAACCAGUAUGGAUAUGAGCAGCUGAAGGAUCCGGGCCAGAAUACAAACCCAAGUGCUUUGGAAGGCCUCCACAGUGCCAUGUUCUACUUGGUUUGUCUGGUGCCCAUGUUUGUUGCAGCUUUACAAGCCCUGGCCUGGAGGCCCUUCUCCAUUCGUAACAGUCAUACUCUUGACGCGAAGUAUGUUGACUGCUAGCAUCAACAAGACAUAUGUGGAGGCUCUUUUGGAAUCGGGUUAAAAACAAUGGAAAUGUUUGAUUUAGAAGUUACAGUCUGUAACUUCAUUCCUUAAUCUCCUGCAGCUGUUUUAACUACAGCAUUGAAUGUGAGUUGAUUAAUGAACACACUGGUGACUUGAAAAUAGACUCCUUGAAGUCAAUGACGCAAAGUCAUGAGACUGUGAUAAGUGCCUUACUCUUUUGCCAAUAUAUAUAUAUAUUUCUUCAUGUUUGUAUGUUCACUGGGUUCACUUUUUUCUGAUAAAGUCUGAUUAUUUUUUUUGCUGCUGACUUCCUCCAGGAAAUGAUUGAUGUCUUCUGAUAACUUGAAAAGAUGCAAGAAAAAAUGAAGUAGAUGCCAACACUAAAGCUAAAAACAAACUGGUUAGUGCAAACAUUCACAUGAUUUUUCUUUUUUAGUAUGAGCUCAUUUCAUCUAAAAAUAAAUGAACAUUUCUACUUUCUUGACAUGAUAGACUCCACACACUGUUGAUUUGAAAACGCAGACUGCUUUGUGCCAUGAACAUUUUUUUAUUUAGCUAACGCACAUUCAUGUUUUCCUCCACAACUACAUCGACACCAGUUUACAAUUUUUUUAAUCUAAUAAGGCUAAGCUUGGAAAGCUAAAAAAUAAGAUAAAUAUGAGAUAUUUAAAUAUACAUGUUAAGUCAAUUGGGUGAAAGUAAAAAAAUAUGUUUAAACAGAAAAAAUGCAGAAGUUCACAUGACAUAAAAAUAAGUACAUAAUAAGUACAAAAAAAAAAUAAUCAAAUGUUAACUGAAAUAUGUUUGAAGGAAAACAUAAUCCAAUAGAAGAACAAUGCAAGUUCUAAUAUUUUUUUAAUGGGAUAUGUAUUUGUUUGUACUUGAUGAACAUUGUAUACUUCUAUUAUCUCUCUGGGUUUAUGAUAAUAGAGCUCUCUCUGAAUAAUCAAUGGGAAUGUAUUUUAUAUUUGUAUUUUUUGAUUAAAAAUACAUUUAAAUAUU